AUGGCUUCUAAGACCACCGCUACGACGCAGUGCGUCGGCCCCAACUACCGGAUCGGGAGCCAGAACCCCUCGGCCACUGUUUCAACACCAGUCAACUUUGAGACCGUGACGGUGCUCCCACAGACGCCGCAGCUAAUUGCCCUGCUUUCCAUCAUCCGCGACAAGAACACUGACCGCGGCGACUUUAUCUUCUACUCAAACCGCAUUAUCCGGUUGCUGGUGGAGGAGGGCCUCAACCACCUGCCUACGGUCGAACGAGAGGUGACGACGCCCGUUGGCCGGCCUUACGCGGGCCUUCAGUUCCAGGGCAAGAUUUGCGGUGUGUCCAUCAUGCGUGCUGGUGAGGCCAUGGAGCAGGGUCUCCGCGACUGCUGCCGGUCGGUGCGCAUUGGCAAGAUCCUUAUUCAGCGGGACGAAGAGACGGCUCAACCCAAGCUAUUCUACGACAAGCUGCCUGAGGACAUUGCCAACCGUUGGGUGCUGCUGCUGGACCCCAUGUUUGCAACGGGCGGAUCGGCCAUCAUGGCCGUGGAGGUGCUCAAAUCGCGAGGUGUGCCUGAGGAGCGGAUACUGUUCCUUAACCUGAUUGCCAGCCCCCAAGGCGUGUCCAAAUUUGCCAGCAAAUUCCCCAAGCUGCGGGUGGUCACGGCGUUCAUCGACGAGGGCCUCGACGAGAAGAACUAUAUCAUUCCUGGACUCGGCGACUUUGGCGAUCGUUACUACACAAUGUAA